AUGGAAAUCUCAUAUUCUGAUUCUGAGCUCACGUUCAGGCCCGUCGACCCGAGGCGGUCGGCGGGGCCGGCGCCUCACCGGCCGCCGCGGGGCGCCAUAUCUCACACGCGCGCCCGGCUGUCCGCGGCCCGGCGACCGACUGACGCCCGGCACCUCGCCGCCGAGCCAUCAACCUACAAGCCGCAGGACAUGCCUCCGUCGACCGCCGCCCGCACGAUCACUCAUCACAAAGCACAACCACUGCUCACUAGUUGCCCACUGGUACCGUCCACGAUGCGAAAGCUCGUCGUGUUAACGCCGCUCGAG